UCCAGCUCCAUAUCUCUCUCCCAUCCACUCCUGCUCCCUACUUCAUCGCCUUGAUUCCUCUAAUCCCCCCGUUGAGACUCAAUAUACUUUCUGGUCUCUUCCAUUGAACUGACAGAGACCCCUAUUCACCCCCCUUCCGAGUCUCUCUACCCAAACUUCCGCCAUGUUCAGAAACAACUACGACAACGAUGCGGUCACCUUCUCUCCGCAAGGCCGGAUCUUCCAAGUCGAAUAUGCACAAGAAGCCGUGAAGCAAGGUUCCGUCGUGGUGGGACUCGUCAACAAGACACAUGCCGUGCUGGUCGGCCUCAAGCGUAAUGCCGAAGAGCUCUCCUCGUACCAGAAGAAGAUCAUCGAAGUCGACUCCCACAUGGGCAUCGCCAUCGCCGGUCUGGCAUCGGACGCUCGGGUGCUCUCCAACUUCAUGAAGCAGCAGUCCCUCAGCUCCCGCAUGACCUACGGCCGCCCGCUCCCCGUCGACCGCAUUGUCAGUCAGAUCGGCGACCGCGCCCAAACGAACACUCAACAUUACGGCAAGCGCCCCUACGGUGUCGGUCUGCUUGUCGCCGGUGUCGACGACUCCGGCCCGCACCUCUUCGAAUUCCAACCCUCCGGUAUGACCCACGAGAUGGUGGCAUGCGCCAUCGGAGCCCGCUCCCAAAUGGCUCGGACCUACCUGGAGCGGAACUUGGACAAGCUGGAGUCCACGUCGCGCGAUGAGCUCAUCACGCACGGCCUGCGGGCACUUAAGGAAUCCCUGUCUCAGGACAAGGAGCUGACGGUGGACAACACAUCUGUGGGUGUGGUAGGACUUGCGGGCGACGGUGCCUCGGGGAAGAUCGAGAGCUUCAAGCUGUACGAGGGGCAGCAGCUGGUGCCCCUGCUGGAGGCACUGGAGCAGGCGGAUGCGGGCGAGACGAAAGAAGAGGAGACAAUGGAGGUUGAUUCAUAGGAGCAGCAAGAUGCAACAGAUACAUCAUUGAUUUGAUAGUCACGAUUCCGGAAUAAUAUCACGUUUCCC